AUGGCAGACAAAAUUCAUGGACACUGCUUAGUAUGUGAUGGUGUUGCAAUUGGUAUCAAUUUUGGUGUACCAACUUGUAUGCCAUGUAAAGCUUUCUUUCGACGAAAUGCAACGAGACUUGGUAUACAACAAUUUAUAUGUAAAAGGGAUGGUGAUUGUUUAAUAACAUAUAAGCGUCGUCGUUCAUGUAAUUGUUGUCGUUUAGCAAAAUGUUUUCGUGUUGGAAUGGACAAAUCAUUAAUACUAUCAGAUGAAGAACGAGAAGCUCGAAAUAAACUUGUUGAAAUGAAUCGAUUAAAACGUGGAAAAAUACCUAAACUACAAUGUAUCAAAUGGAUGCAACCACCAUACGUACUUCGAAUGACAAUAAGUAAAUCAAGUCAAUAUUUAUCUUCGUCGGACCAAACUCUUCUUUCAAAUAUUUUUCAUGCACAUGAAACUAUUUUUUCAAUUAAAAGAAAUGAUUCAUCAAUAUGUAUUUCAACUCCUGAACAUAUAUCUUUGCAUGACUAUGCCAAUCAAAUUUCUCAUGGCUUUCAAAAUUCUAUCGAAUAUCUUAAAUGUAUACCAGAAUUUGCUCGUAUUAAUACGGAUGAUAAAAUACGUUUAGUAAAAAAUCAUUUUGGUAUUGUAGCUAAUAUGAAUGGUCCUAUAAUGCAAUCCACAGUACCAAAUAAUGUUAUGACAACUUGGAUGACUAUAUUUGGUGCAGAAAUUACUCAUGCUCAUUUAAAAUCUAAUCAACUACUUCAGGCAUAUAUCUUCGAUCCAGUGCUACUAAAAAUUAUUGUAAUUAUUCUUGUACUUUCCAGUGGUAGUCCAAGAAAUCUUGGUACUACAGAUAUAGAUCAAAUUUGUGAUGAACCAUUAACUAUAUUUGCUGCUCAAAAUGUCUAUGUUGAAUUAUUAUGGAGAUAUAUUCUUUCACGUUCUGCAAGUGAACAAAAUGCAGUAAAAUUCUACAGUAGAUUAAUAACGUGUAUCUUAUAUUGGAAAAAGUUGAGCGCGUGUGUAGAUGAAUAUGUAGAUAAUUUAGCAUCUGAACUCAAACAAAUGAAUCCUCUGAUACAAGAUAUGUGGCCAAAACAAGCUGAAGUAGAGCAUAUUACUGAUAUGAAUGUUCCAAAAAAAAUUAUUAUUUAG